GUGAGCCGCAGUGGUGUGCGGCUGCUCAGCGGGACAGGUCAGCUACAGCACAUCGCCAUGAAGACCAUACUCAGGAUCUGCCUCGCAGUGGCGCUGGCUGGACUGGCGGCGACCCAGGAGAACUUUCAGCUGCUCGGCAACACGGUGGUGGACGAGAACUUCUUCGUCAUCGGCGAGCUGGCCCCGGGCGAGACGCUGCAGCAGUUCAUCAGGCGGUACCGUCGUCUGAACGCGCCGGUCGGCGGCGCGCCGGGCCCGACCGUGCCUCGAGCGCCGGCGGUCGCCUCUUCGCCCGAGCCGCUCGGCCUGUCAUCCGGCGCCACCAAUGUACUGGGCAGGAUCGACGAGAGCUUCAGCUGUGAGGGGCUUCCAUAUGGCUUCUACGCUGAUCCGGAGAACGACUGCAGAAUCUUCCACGUCUGCAACCCUCUGAGCAGGGGAUCAACUUUGCAAUACAGUUUUUUCUGCAAUGAAGGCCUGGAGUUUGACCAGCAGCUGCUGACCUGUGUGAGGUCGUUUGGCCGGAUGAGCUGCGCCACUGCCCGCCAACUGUACGAGUCCAGCAACUCGCAGUUCUUCAAGAACGUGAACUUCAACGAGGGCGUGCCGCUGUUGUCGACGCCGGGCGUGAACAUCCCGCCUCUCGACGACGGCGUCAUCGAGAUCGGCGUCAUCGGCGGCGUGCCACUCGAUUUGCUCCAGAGGGGCGGCAGCAACGGCGGCCAGAGCAGCUCUGCGCCCGAUGAGGCGGCUGGUGCCCCGCUGGAGCAGGGUGGCGUGCAGGUCCCCGGCGUAACGAGCAGUAACGGCAACGGCUUCUCCGAAGGCAUAGGCCAGCUGGACCUGCGACUGAGCCUGCCGCCGCUGUAGGAGUCCGACGAGCGGCCCGUCUCAUUCGCCGGUCUGAGCUAGGGGUGGGGGUCUCCACACGACGCGCGAGCAGUACUCCUGCCGGCUCAUAAUGGAACGGCAUCCCAGGGCGACGCCCCUCAGUGGCCGAGAGCGGCGGCGCGUGCUGGGGAAUGCUGGAGAGACCUUAAAUCAAAAGCAGACAGUUGUGCGCAUGGUCCAGCGGCAUUCGCGUAGGAAGCGCUAGACCACUGCUCUGGACCUUGUCCAGUCACUGUUGCCAAAUAUGUGCUACAGCACUUCGCGCGUAGAUGGGCUUCCUUGAGUCGGCAAGAAUCGCUGCUAGCGUGAAUGGUAAAGAAGGCUCAGCAACAUAGAGUUACCAUAAUUUUCGUCAGGGACAAGAAUUUAAAGUGUUUUGUGAAAAAAGAACACCAGCAGUGUGUUUCUUAUAUAUGUCAGUUCAAUAGUCUGAUGGGUGUGUGUGUUUUGGUUUGUGUGCGUGUGGCCAGAUCCACAGUUAGGAAGUGAAUAAAUCCUUAGUGAAUUUGUUAAUCACUAGACUCCCUCGACAUGAUUCGUAGGCAACUCUGUCUGAAUCAAGUGCUUUGUUGUGGUCAUCACGUUGUCCGUGUAAGUUUUGCCUCACUCUGCUUUUGCCUUCCGAGGCGAACUGCCAUGUUAUAGUUACCUGCAUGUUCGUGCGUGCUAUUGUUAGUGUACAAAUGUCUCUCGUCAAGCAUUCUCUCGUUUUAUAUACCGUCAUAAGUCUCGCAUGCCACCAGA